AUGGCUAAUAUGGUUGAGGCAUUGUGCCAGUGCGGUAAAAGGGUUGAAGUUGCCACCAGAAAAGCAGAGGCCAAGGCGGACAAUGUCUGGAACCACCUGAGAACGUGCCCGAGUUUCACAGACGUAAUGAUGGCAAAGCUAAAUACCGGAACUAAGGUGCUUACUGCCGAAGCAGAAGAAAAAGUGUUUCAGCAGACAUUUGAAAAAAUGACAGGAAAAAAGCUCUUACAUUCAUAUGCUUGCUAUCUAUCAACUUUUGCUGGAGCUGUGAUUGGGAUGUUGUACAUCUCCGAUAACGAAUAG